AUGGAUGAACGCGCCGCCGUCCCAGUAACUCUGCCCAGACAGAACCCCACCAUUGCAUAUUGGCAAGACCCUCCAGACCCUGAAAUCGCAGACUACCUUUCCUCCUCGCAAGUGCCAGAAAUAGCAGAUACAGUCAUAAUAGGCAGUGGAAUAACCGGGUCCCUCAUUGCAUGGAAUCUCUUCCAAUCUCCAGAUCAUGGACAUUUCACUAUGCUUGAAGCACGCCAGGCAUGCUCUGGAGCUACCGGACGAAACGGCGGCCACACAAAAGCAGCCUCCUACCGCUCCUUCCACGACAACGCCCAUUCCCUGGGCACCGAAGCCGCAGUCAAGAUCGCGCGUCUCGAAUACGAUAACAUCAAAGCCGUGCACGCAUUUGCACGCAAGUAUAAUAUAGACUGCGAUCUGUACAGUGGGGAUACGGUUGAUAUUAUAUAUGACCAGGCGCAGUGGGAUAAUAGCGUGAAGUCUAUUGGGGCGAUGAGGAAAGCUAUGCCAGAGCUGCUGGAUACAGUUGCUAGGUAUGAGAUUUGGGGGAAGGAGGAAGCGAGGGAGAAGUUCUUUGUUAGGGGGGAAGAGUGUGUUGGUGCGAUUAUGUAUGAGGCGGGGAGUUUGAGUGCGUAUAAGUUCGUGGUUGGGGUUUUGAAGAUGGUGGUGCAGAGGGGAGGGGAGCUGUAUACGAAUACACCUGCUACGAAACUUGAGAAGGGGGAAGAUGGCAUGUGGAGCGUACAGACGCUGAGAGGGGUGGUGAAGGCGAAAAGGGUGGUGUUGGCUACGAAUGGGUAUUCGGGUUUCUUGUGCGAGAAAUUUCAGGGCAAGAUUGUCCCUCUGAGGGGGCAGAUUACUGUGCAUAGGCCAGGGAAGAACCAGCCAGUCAGUGGGCUAUCAACGACGUACUCUUUUAUCUACAAGAACGGAUACGAAUACAUGAUUCCCAGGCCGCAAGGAAGCAAGCACGCAGGAGAUAUCGUCAUAGGUGGUGGUCUGGUAAUGGCCAAGGAUGAGGGCGUUGAGGAAUUCGGCACAACGGACGACACGACGAUCAACCAAGAUAUCAGCAAAUAUCUGACAGAGACUACACCUCGAUACUUUGGGAACGAUUGGGGAGAUGAUCACGCAGAUGGCAGGAUUAGGCAACAAUGGACUGGUAUUAUGGGCUACAGUCCAGACGGCUUCCCGUUCAUUGGGGAAGUUCCGGGAGAGAAGAAUCUUUGGAUGGCUGCCAGUUUCCAGGGACAUGGUAUGGUGCUGUGUUUUAUGUGUGCCAGAGCUCUGGUUGCUAUGAUGGGUGGUGAGGAAGAGGCGCUUGAGAGUUGGUUUCCUGAUGCAUUCAAGGUUAGUGAGGAACGGCUGAAGAAGAAAUUCGCUGGCAGGUUGCACACAAAGCCCUUGGAUAUUGGGACGAAGCCGUGA